AUCUCAGUCUUCACUGCCCAGUGUGUAGGCAACAAUGUAACGAUGAAAAGAUCAAAUGCCACUGCCAGCCUCCAAGCACAUUUCAUGCUGAGUGCCUGAAUAAAAUGACAGGAGUCAUUUGCGAUUUCUGUACUUGGACAGGCCGCACAGAAUCAGACUCAGACUUAGACGCAGACUCAGACUUGGACACCCUGCCAGACCUGUCAAGUGAAACAGGGAAUACCAGAGCAGAUGUCAUUGACAUAUUACUGGACAUGGGAUUUUCAUUAGAAGAUGCGACAAUUGCUGAGGAAAGUUGCGAUGGGUCGGUGGAGGAUGCUGUGGACUGGCUGGAUGCCAACAAAACCAGUGACCCUGCAAACAUCACACAGGGAAUGGAGAAUUUCCAUCAGUUUCCAACACCAAAGCAUAAGAGACAUGCACCAUCUCAUACAGUGACAUCUGAACAAUCCUGCGAUUUGACUUACCAAGAGAUGCAGUUCACAUAA